CACGUGUAUUUUAUGAUGAACAAUACAACUCCGAGGCAGCGUCAAAAGAAAAACUUCGCGCCACUCCAACAAAUUCCCCACAUACAUACGAAAGGGCACUUCCCCCAGUAAAACAAAUGCAACAAUCAACUCCCAGUCCCUCAGCCGCUAUGCAAUCAACAAACAACGACUGCGUCGCCAGUCAAUACCCCACCAUAAAUGAAACGACUGCCCAAACCCAUAUGCUACCUUGUGGCAGGGCUGGAUGUCCAGUCGUUUUCGUUUAUGGUGAUGGCACCGACUGGCCCACGGUCAGUCGCCUGAUCAACGACCACUCGCCGGUCUGCAGGGGCGGGUUCUAUGGGCUGAACCAUGCCCCUCCCCGUUCCAACACACAGCAGGCGCUGAUGCCUGCGCAGCUCGCGCCUAAGAGCAUUGCGGGCGGAAGAAAGCGGAGGAAAAAGGAGGAUGAAAGGAAACAAGAACUCGAGGACGACGAGUAUACCGAGGACGUGCAACCCACAUCCGUCACGUGCCGCGAAUGUCAGAAAGCCAUCACCAUUGACAAGCGCUCCAGGUACUAUCCUGGACUAUGGCUGAAGCACAGGGGAAAGUGCCCCGGCAUCCGCAAGAUAGAGGUGAGUUAAUUUC